AUACUAUUUAAGAAUUAUUAUUAUUACCUGCGGUUUCUAUUGCUCAUUUGACAACAAAAUGUCAGAUGUCACUAUUAGUAAAUCUAACCUCAAAAUUGUGAUCUAGUCGUUUAAAAACUUGAUACAAAAUGCUAUUUUACUCGUUCUUUAAGUCACUAGUCGGCAAGGACGUAGUGGUUGAACUAAAAAACGAUUUGAGUAUAUGUGGGACGCUCCAUUCUGUGGAUCAAUACCUCAACAUAAAACUUUCCGACAUAAGUGUAACAGAUACAGAAAAAUAUCCACACAUGUUGUCAGUGAAGAAUUGUUUCAUCAGAGGAUCAGUUGUAAGAUAUGUUCAGUUGCCUGCUGAUGAAGUGGACACACAACUUCUACAAGACACAGCCAGGAAAGAAGCUUCAGCCCCAACGAGAUAACUAGACAAAUUUUGAUUUACAACCAAUAAUUUUAAGUUUAUUAAUAUAAUUCAAAAUUGGAAUAAAAACUUCAUUUUUUGACCUC